GUACGCCAUCUAUGGCUUUGCUAUCAGUUUGUACGACUUUGUGGAGACGGAGAAGGUAACGCUGUGUGGGCUAAACCAUAGGUUGAAUUAGAAUUUCCCCAUUGUGGGAUCAAUAAAGUAUUACAUACCUAAAACAAAGCAGCCGUUUUUUGAUGAUGUGUCUCGAAAAGGUCAGAUAAUCAUAUAGCCUUGUGAGUUCUGAGUAUGGAGGCAGACAAUUGCACCGCUAACUCUAGCCUCCUGGUACAGCAGUAUAAACCCCUAAUUUUCACAUGCUGAUACUGGUGAAUCACUUUGUUGUCUAGCAGUAUAAAGAAUUCUCUCAUGGGUGCACAGUGUGUUUCUCUGUUUCACCUCGUACUGCAGCCAAAUAUAUUUUAACAAGUGCUUAAGCAUCGGCAUUGCAGUCUAGGAUCACAGCUGAGUUGUAUCUCGGCUGGUUUUUGGAUGCAAACACUGCAGCCUAUAAAGCCACCUAUAAAGACAGUCAAGUGUUUGGAUGUGUAUUGGAGACAGUGUAUAUCUGUUCUGUUUGAAGUAGACUUGAAUAUCUUCCCCCAGAGAGGACUGUGCUGUUUGCUUAUUAAAGCUGCAGUCUGUCAGAUAUUUUCCUCAUUGUUCUGUCACAGCCUUUUUUUCUGCUCUGUUUAUAGCAGCAACUUCCUAAUGCUUCUUUAUCUUGUUUCCAAGCUACAAGUAGUAAGAGGGCUCUAUUUGUCCUCCAGAUUUUUUGUUCCAUCUUUUAUGGGACUGCUGGCUCUAAGUGGCGUUUGAUGGGCUGUUUGGCAAGGAAUCGUUCGCUUCGUGUUGUGACCAGUAUAUACCUGUUGAUAGGGGCAUGAAUGUUGAUGACAUAUUGUGGUUGUUUAAGAGAUUUAUGGAUAUGAUUCUCACUUCCCCUCUCCCUCUUUUUCUUCUGUCUUCCUCUCCUGUGGGCUGUGGUGGGAUGUUCAGGCAGAUCUGUAACAGCGGAAAAGGUGACGUUAUGGCCUUGAAUGAUUAUACUAAUUAAGAGAUAGUGCAAAGGGUCUUAUUUACCAUUUGAUUAUAUUUUUAAUACAAGUUGCUUUAGUUAUCUUUAUUGAUAAAGAAAUUGAAAUAUAGUGUUCCUACAAGAAACUGAGCUACUGUGUAUUGACACGGAAAGCUGCUUAACUAGGAGUGAAGACAUCACUGAGAGGUGUGGAGGCAGGGAAUUGGGCUGGGGUUUGAAAGAGGUCAUGUGAACGGAUGGAGGGAUGGACACUAGUAAGCCCGAUGUGUUUAGGGGGCCAGUUGGCACUUCAGGGCAGCAGGGGCUUGUAACAGGAGGUGAUGGGGCCAUUUGUAGUCACAUGACUGACAGGCAACCCACUGUCACCUCGGAAACCAGGAGCGAAGGCCACAGUUAUCCAAUCAUGUCAGGAAUGCUGGCCGUCACUCAGCUGAGGCUAUUUCUGCUGUCUGUCGCUAGUGCUUGGUAGUGCUAAGAGUCUGGCAUACAUGGAGCCGUCUUUUUGUUGUUGUUUUUCUCCCCCCCACCCUUCCUCUACUCUAUUUAGCCUUCACUCUGUCACUUUUUUGAGUUUGUAGUGUGAAAUUGUCAGCUCUUUUGCGGUGGCUGUUUGCAGUGUUUGUGGUGUGACUUCUUUCCUUCUUAGAGUUUACUGUGGGAAGGAAAGUUGUGGAAGAGACUCAGAGAGAGUGGGAGGGGGGCCAGAGAGUGGAAAAAAAGGGGAUCAGUCAUCUAGCCAGCCAAAGGAGAGAAGUGGGCGACACUAAGAGACUGAGACGGGAGCCAGAGGAGAGAACUAAAGAGCCAGUCAGAGAGAAAGUGAGAGGGAACGAGGGCUGUGGGACGUGAGGUGAAAAUGGCACAACGUCUGCGUUUGUAUUUUGGCUCAGGCCGCAGUAACACAGCUCCGGAGAUACUGGAGGGAGACUUAGAGGAGCAGCAGGGAGACAGUGAUGUGGCCACGGGGCUCUGCAUGCAGCCACCUCUGCUAUCAAGGCCUUCUCAGGAGCCAGCUACGCAGCGUGUCCCACCAAGGGCUUUUGGUUUGCGCUCGGAGCCUUCACUUAAACGUAGCUCCUCCAUGUUCAUACCGCAGCUCACCACCUACGCUGAGCCACGGCCCACCAAGAGUUCCUCCAUGCACAUUUCCCUCCAGCGCACCAAUGGAUCAAGUAAUGGAGACUCAAGUGGUCAUGCAGAUGAUGUCCCGCCACCCUGUUAUUCUCCCCCAGGACCUGCGCCUGCCUAUAUUGAACCAGAGAUGCAAGCAGACAUUCCGCGGCGAUCACCUCCUCCAUACUACAACCCAGAUUCUUUAAACUCUCAAAAUUUUCUGACGGAUCCAAACCUGCCCAAACGCAGAGUGUUUAGUAUUGGUUCAAAUGGCCAUAUUGUGUAUAGCAGAGGCCAACCAGGUAUCAGUGUUCAUGGUAUUUGUCUCCAGAGGAACUCUCCUGAUGGGUCCGACAUCCGGCAUUUCAGAAUCCUCCCUUAUGGUGGUACUGGCUGCUCAGUCCAGCAGCACAGCUUGGACCAGUGGUCUGGUGUUAAUGGUGGAACACAGAGACUAGUGUUUCAAUUCCAGCAGAAUCAGAACCAGGAUCAGAGCCAGGACAGGCAACAAGCUGCUGCAUCCCAGGAAGAACGCACAGAUAUUGGCUUUACCAGCUCAAGGGGUAGGCGUAUGACGCGCUACCCCAGAAUUCGACUGGAGAGAAGUUCACCUCAUCAUAGGUUAUUGCUGGAGAAUCAACACCAGAAAACUGGUAUAAAUAGCGAACCUAAAGAAGAGACCCAAACAGAUGUGGAGACACAGAGAAUGGAAGCAAGAAACAGACCUAAUGGUUGUACUUUUAAAAUCAGUGGGGAUAGUCCCAGAAGGCAGCCUCAUUUCAAGAUAUAUUUUACCCCGGGUGGAGGUGGGGAUGAGGAUGUGACCCUUGGCAGUGAUUCAGCGAGGACUAAUCCUGAGGUAAAGAUUAUUUGAAGUGUUUAGGAGCACUGCUAGCCUGUCUCUGAAAUCUUUAAUGGAAAAAUAUUUAAUGUUUCUCAACAGUUUGUGUUUGAUGUUAUUAGACAAACACCAACAAAUCAGGAUUUAUAGCCUUGAUGUCCUAAUGGUAAAAUAAAUGAGAUUGAAUAGUAAACAGUGGAUUUGUCAUCUCGCUCAUAUGACAUUUAGUUGAAUAUAUGAUAGCUUUUACACGAUGUAGCUAGAAUAAUUGGGAGGAAGAAGGGCCAUGGACAUAAUAAAUGAAACAGAAUCAGAGUGGAAUUUAACCUAUGCAAACUAUGUCUAUAGAUUUCACAUCCACUGUGCUAGGCUGGCUAGUAUUUCACUUAUUUCACUCACUGUGAAGCUAGUCCAGAUUAGAGAUCCGUAUGGCGCAGGAAGAGGGUGGUGACAUUCUGGGAAGUGAAAAGCACAGACAUGGGUUCUGAACCAAACCACAUGCAGUGGCCGUCUUUGACUGCGCAGCCACAGGCAUUCGUAAUUUUUCAUAUAUGAGCCAAGUCACAGUUAAGAAAGUAAAAGAGAAAGAGUCUUAUGGAUGAAUGGAUAAUUUCUCCUUGUGCACUUGUUGCCUUCAGUUUCACAGAAAUGUGACACUUAUGUUUGGCAGUACUCUUAACUGCAGUGAGUGCUCUUUGAGAGUUGGCUGCUUCUAUCUUUAGUCUGUUUCGAGCGUGGUUGUUAAUUUUGAGAGUGGGCAGGCGGCAUGUCUUUUUUGGCUCUGGGCUGGUAUGGAUCUCUGUCCCCACAGCUGCCCUGUGAGUGAUUAAGACCUAAGACGUCAUUACAGGCCAAAUGCGAAUCAACUUUUCAAGCAGUUUCAGUGUUUCCUGAAACCCUGAAGGAUUUUAAUGUUGCUAUGUGUUCUCCUUUUGUAUGUAGCUCAAACACUGGAAGCAGAACCGAUAGAAGGGAUACACUUUAAUAAUCAGUAUGUUGUUGCCAGAUUUACUAUUGACAGGCUUUUUCUUAAAUCACCUUGGACCUUUCAAUAGCAGUAAAAUAUUUAUACACUGAAUAGUAGGUAUAUAUGUAGAUAGUCCCAGUAGUUGCUUAUGUAGGGUUUACUGCCAGGAGUCUGGAGAAAUAAAUACAAAGUAUACUUGCUUGAAAAGUUAAAGCAAAGUCUUACAAAACAUUAUUUUUGUGUCACAAUAAAGAAAAAAAUAUUUUUUGUACAAAAAAACUAAAAAACCACUAGUGAAAUAUAACGGCUCGAGGAUCCCCUGUGCAGUUUUUGACUUCAAGUAAUGCUAUCUAGCAGUUAUUAGUUAUAAAUAUUUCCCUGCUUUGUUUUAUGCAUAUACUCAAGGAUGCACAUGCACAUGAAUGACAGUGUAUAGUCCUGCCAGUAGUUUGACAUUAUUCCACUUAUAACUGGUGGUAGUGUUCCAAGAUAUGGAAUAAUAUGACAGGAAUGGCAAUAACUGAAAAGACUGCUAGCCAGUAAACAUGGAUGUAAACAAUGCAUGUUAAAAAAUUCCAGCUUUGGAGGUAUUAUAUGAGGAAUGAAAUGGCAUUUAAUAGGAUACCUGCAGUGCAUUUUUAUGAGAAACACAAUGUAAAACAAAUUUUUGUUUUGUUGGCACAUCUACUUCUUGAGAAUAUUGUGUACUGUGAUAUUUUAAUUACAGCAUCUGCCACAAUAAGGAGAUUAAUUUUGUUGUAGUAUGACACAGUGCCCCCAUGUUUCAUUUCUGACUUGAACUCUUCAUGUGCAUGGUGCUGUACCGAGGUUUUGUCCAUGCAAAUAACAUUUCUGAUAAUUCUGUUACACUUGCCCUUGAGAGAUUAUUAAUGCUUGCCACACGGAUAUCUGUGCUAUCCUAAGUAUUGCUAACCUUGAGCCUAAAUGCUAUAAAUAUAAAAUUUGCUAAAUAUGUUUGGUUUUAUCACAGUUUCAUACCUGAGGAACGAUUAGAUGUGACUGACUGGCUAAUACUGGCUGUUCUCCAUUAGUAUACAGUCAUAACAUAUUGUUGGUCAUAUUUCCGAUGGCAUGUAGGCCAUACUUGAAUGCAUUUUACACAUCUUUGUUUUCUUAGCUUUAAAGUAUGUGGUGUUGUGUUACCCCAUGCAACAAGUAAAUCCUAAUUUAGACCAUAAUGACAGGUCUUUCCCAACUGGUACCCUGGAGUUGGGAGUGCCCCUUUUUAAAUCCUGCGUGGGACGCUGCAUGUGUGUGUGCCAGCUAGACUAGCUGCAGACAGCUAUGCCACUGCACCGUGCCCCCGUUGCAGCUCUGCCUUGAUGCCCCCUAGUCGCCAUUCACAAAGAGCUCUUCCCGGCCACAGAGCUGGCUAUAUUUACCUGAAAUGAGAUUGUGGAUGGGUGGCUGGGCUCUCUUUUUAUUUUAGUCCAGUAGCAUGUGAGUGUGAUUCAAAUUGCUAUUGUUGUGAAACUCCCAUCUCUCAGAGGUCCAUGGCAUUGUACAGUAAUUCCGCCAUGUCAGCACGGAAAUUGUUGAAUAGGUUAGAAUAUUUUUACACCUUUGUGUCGGCCUCGGCUUGUACCAGGUUACCCCAUAUCAUAAGCGCCGUCUGUUACCACUUCUUUUAACGUCAUAGCAGUUACAGUUGACAGUAAACAUACAGCUACAGUUAGCAUAGCCAAUUCUUGUCACUUUAUCUACUUUGCCACAGUCUUAAAGGGUCAGAAAAACAUUUUCUCACUUACCCCUUUGUGGUUUACAGCAUGCCUAAAGUUUGGGUUUUAUAUUUUUUGGUCUAAUACAGGUGAGUGGAAUUUCAUUUGUGGUGUGCACAACAUCAAAAAAAUCCAACAGCCACAUCUCUUUCCUUAAACCAUGUCCCUGAGAACUCAUUAUAGGAGAGUAAGAAGGGAAUUGUUUCUGGAAAGGAAUUUUGCUGAUUUUUCUUUUAAUGCUAUGAGCACCACAAAAUUAAAUUGCCUUUAUCUGCAGUGUCAAUGUUUUUUGGCAGAAAAUCAGAUAUAUAUCCAAAACUAUCUGCAUACACUUAGAAGUAUGUGAGAUGUAAGUGUUUUAUGAUGUGGAUAAACAGUUUUUUUUAUUUUUUAUUCUCAAACUAUUUUUGAGCUGGCUGUAUACAAGCCUUCAUCAGGCUAAUGACUCUUUCACGUUUUCCCUCCUCCUCCUCCUCCUCCUCUUGGUGUUUGUUGGCACCCUUCUGAGUGUAACCUGGCCCGGGGAGGCAGCUGCAGGCUCAACUGUGACCCUGUGAUGACUCCGCAAUUAUAUCCCUCUGCAUACACAUACUCGCAGCUUAUAUUGCUUGUUCCGGUUAAAGACAGAAAAACAGUCGUGUCCAAUAGGACACCGCCAUUGCCGCUGCCCAUUUUGAUAUGCUACUCAAAAAGCUGUUGGAAGCUGCUGAAGGUGACCUUGUUGUUUUCUUUCCUAGACUAGAGAUGAUUUC